AUGGGUGAGAGAUUUAGGCCAAAGGAAGGCACAUGGCCAACAGUAACAUUUACACACCGUCAUGAGUACGAGGAUGGAAGCACCAAGGUGAUGCUCCAACAAUCAGGCCCAUUUUACUUCACUAGAGGAGCUAAGGGUCAUUGUGAGCAAGGCCUGAAGUUGGUGGUUGUCAUGUUGUCUCCACGGCAUAGGUACACCGGAAUCUCUCCAGCACCUUCUCCGGCGGAUUUUGAAGGAGCUGCCAUUGCUCCGACCAGCAAUGCUUCAGGUUUGAAGGCUGGAUUGUUAGUGACACUGUUGCCUUUGGUCUUGGUGGUUCUAUGA